UUAAAGUCAUCAUUCAACCUGCUGCAUACAUCCUUACAGACUGGGUCUACAAGAAGCUUGUCACAGGUACAACCGAUGCUGAUACAGAACAGUAAAUUUCCAGAAGAAUCCAUCACACAGCUAUCUCUGCAGCUUCAGAAACGUGAGUAACCACAUGUGUGUGUGAAGAACAAACAUCCUAACACAGGAUACCAUCUGCAGGCUGUGCACUGAGAGUUAGGCCUGUGUGCCACUGCUGCAGCCACCAGAAGCAUUACUCUGUGUAUGAAGCCAGCCUUCUACUGAAUGCUCCAUAACUGUUCACUGCCACGGACUUUUGCCUUUAUUGGAGAGCAAUAAGUACCUUUUGAACUGCUCAAAGACUGUAUCAUAGCUUCAUCAAGUCCCUAGGAUUUAUCAUUGUCAAGCUGUUUUUGGUUGUGAAUCCAAUACCUGAAUCUACUGAAAUAACUGUGUAUUCCUGCCUGUAUAAAGUGAUAGUGAACUGUGCAGUGAGCUGAGCCAUCCAGUCUGAAACAGUUGCUGCACUAGAUGUCACAAGUAUCCAGCUCCUCAGUUCAAUCUGCCUAAUAUCAGAAGUCACUACAGAGCUCAGCUCUGGCAGAUUUGUAACAAGACACCAAAACUACAGCACUUGUCAUUAUGUCUGAUAGAGAUCCCACAGAGUCACCUGCAUUUAACCAAGAUAAAGCAGACUCCUUACUUCAUUCUGCUCGUCCCGCUAGAGGCCCUCAUCCAUCCUUGAAGGCAAGAGAGGUUUAUGAAGAAAGUAAGGAAGAAACAUCUAGUAACCUGACUGCAUUAUGGCAUAAGACUUUAAGUUGUAAAAAAAACGCUAAUGAAACUAGCAACAAUCCUGAGCAAUUGAACACUGCUCUCUCAAGGGUUAAGAAGGCAUUUGAGAAUUAUAAAAGACUUUCUGAAAAGUUCUAUUCCCUAUUGUCACAUUCCAGCAUGGAGGAAGCCGCAGUGGAAUUAAAGGACUUUACUUCUACUGACCAGCAGAGGCAUAGCACAUAUCUUGAAGCAAAGGCACAGAUAGAAGGUAGAUUAGCACAGCUACAUGAAACUACUUCCUGUAAAUCUGCUUCUUCCAGACACUCAGGAAAAUCUUCUAGAUCUGCCCGCUCCUAUCAUAAAUCCUCUUCUAAGUCACUGCGGUCCUGCUCUGUAAGGUCAACACUGAGUGACCAAAUAGUCAAAGCUCGCCAGAAGGUCGCAGCAGCCCAGGUUCAAGCCGCCUGCUCUGAAAGAGAAGCAGCCAUCAAAGCUCAGCUAGAAAUCCUUCAGAAGAGUAAAGAAAAGGAAGUAGCAUUGGCGGAAUUAUCUGUCUUGGAACAAGCCCUAUUGGAAGAAGAAGAAGCAGCUUGUCCCAGCUUGGCUGCUUGUCAAGACCCCAUUGAAAGGACCCUACAGUUCGUCUUAAGCCAGAACCACGACAUCACAGUCCCACCUACAGUUGGAGAUUUUUCUCAUAAUCAUCCAGCAUGUGGACCAGAAGGCAACGUGUCACAAAAUCAAGCUGGUCAACUAGACACACCUGCUAACAGAGACACUCCGCAACUACCGCAUGUCACAAAAUCAAGUGAGUCAACCUACGCGGCUCACGUGCCACCCUAUGCGAAUAGAGAUUACAAGGGUACAGCAAAAGACUACAAGAUGAACUCUAUGACCCCUGUGAUACAGUUCUCUUCAACUUCAAAUGCUCAGAGACCUUCAGACAUCAGACCCUUACCUAGAUUGAACCCAUCUGCAACACUUUUCGCUCCACCAACCAGCCAACUUCAGAUACCAACCAUGGCUCAAGUCGGCGCACCAUCAGUAUCCCCGGUGGCUAUAAAAACUGAAGGCAUCAACGCUACGGAGCUCAGCAAGAGUAUGGCUUUACAAGAAUUGAUCACAACUGGACUGUAUAAAUUUGAUGACCGCCCAGAGAACUACAGGAGUUGGAGAUCUACAUUUAAGGCGGUAAUCAAGAGCUUGCCCGUUGAACCUCAAGCAGAACUCGAUUUACUAAUAAAGUAUUCGGGGCGACAAUCUUCAGAACAAGUAAAGAGACUUAAAUCUGUUUACAUCUAUAACUUUAACGCAGGCCUUGAUGCUGCCUGGGAACGUCUAGAUCAAGACUAUGGGAGUCCCGAAGUCAUUGAAUCUGCCUUAUUCCAGAGACUAAACGACUUUCCUAAGAUCUCUGUUAAGGACAAUCAUAAGCUUAGAGAGUUAGGCGACCUCCUUCAUGAACUUGAAAUUGCUAAGCUAGAUCCUAGUUUACCAGGUCUUAGCUAUUUAGACACUGCUCAGGGCGUGAACCCUAUUGUAGCAAGGUUGCCUAGUUAUCUUCAGGGAAAGUGGACUAGUGUAGGAUCAAAAUAUAAGUAUGAACAUCAUGUUUCCUUCCCUCCCUUUUCUUAUUUUGCAGAGUUCGUGCGGAAGGUUGCAAAAUCCAAGAAUGACCCAAGCUUCUUCUAUCCAGAUACAACCACCACUCCUUUAACCACUUCAAGGGGUAUUGCCACCAACAGUAAAUUCAAGGAUUUAAAGUAUCCUAUUGCCGUGAGGAAGACAGAGGUAGCAUCCAACGUCUUGGCUACAGGCAUAAAGGCAAGCAAUCUUAAUCAACAGUGUCCUAUCCAUAAUGCGCCACAUUCUCUCUCCAAAUGCCGUGCAUUUAAGGACAAGCCUAUUGAAGAACGCAAGUCAUUUCUCAAAGAGCAUAAUAUCUGUUUCAAGUGUUGUGCAUCCUCCGAUCAUUUAGCAAGAGACUGUAAGAUCACCAUCAGAUGUUCUCUGUGCAACAGUGCCAAACAUGUGGACGCUCUUCAUUCAGACCUGUUCAAAAGGAAACCUUCACCCGGCAGCAACCCCAAGCCUACAUCAGAUGAUGGCGGGGAGAGAACUGAGCAACACGCCAACCCCGUAACCACAAGGUGUACAGAGGUAUGUGGAGAAGGGCUUCAUAGCAAGUCUUGUAGCAAGAUAUGUCUUGUAAGGGUUUUUCCUGAAGGAUGCCCACAAAAUUCCAUAAAAAUGUAUGCCAUACUCGAUGAUCAGAGCAAUCGCUCAUUGGCCAGUCCAGAAUUCUUUGACCUAUUCAACAUUCAUGGAGAGGCCUGGUCCUAUACCUUGCAGACAUGUGCAGGAAAGAUCAAUACUUCUGGAAGAAGAGCCCAUGGCUUCAUAGUGGCAUCAGAAUAUGAGGACAUAGAGUUUCCUCUUCCAACUCUAAUCGAAUGUGAUCAGCUACCGAACAACAGAGAAGAAAUCCCCACACCAGAGGCUGCACGUCAUUACCCCCAUUUAAGCCACAUUGCUGACUACAUUCCACCACUUAACAAGGAUGUUAAGAUCUUGAUUCUACUAGGGAGAGACGUUCCUAGAGUCCAUAAAAUAAGAGAGUUAUGUAACGGUCCAGACGAUGCUCCUCAGGCCCAGAAACUUGAUCUUGGAUGGGUGAUAAUAGGAGAAGUCUGUUUAGACCAAUCUCACAAGCUCUUGGAUGUAGCUUCCUACAAAACCAAUGUUGUCUAUCGGUCAAUGAAAUGUCCAUCGCAUUAUUAUGCGAAGGAAAGACUUGAUUUUAAAAACAAAGUUCCAUAUCAAGCACUCCAAGGUAUAAACUGCAAGCUCACUUCUCAGAAGGACCUUGGUGAUUCAGUGUACCAGACUACUUGCGAUGACAACAAGAUUGCCCCUUCAGUCGAAGACAAGGAGUUCAUCAAGAUUAUGGAUGAAGAGUUCUUCAAGGACAAUUCCAACAGUUGGGUAGCUCCAUUACCCUUCCGAGUACCAAGGCUUACUCUCCCUAACAAUCGAGGACAAUCUUUAACCAGAUUUGCUGCACUUAAGAAAACUCUCUGUAACAAACCAGAGAUGCAAGAGCACUUUCUAGCAUUUAUGCAGAAGAUUUUAGAUAACCUUCACGCUGAACCAGCACCAGACCUGUUGCCUAAAUGGGAGAAAUGGAGAAACUCCAUGAAAGUACUGAAAGAACUUAAUAUCCCACGCUGCUAUUCACCCACUUCAACUUCAAGAAGUCUGAGGAAAGAGAUUCACGUCUUUUGCGAUGCAUCUACCGAGGCUAUAGCGGCCGUGGCUUACCUCAAGAUCAUAGAUCCCUCCGGGAGAUCCAAUGUCGGUUUUCUACUAGGAAGAGCCAAGUUAGCUCCAAAACCUGCUCACACUAUUCCAAGAUUAGAAUUGUGUGGCGCAACCCUAGCCGUCGAAGUCGCAGAAUUCCUGCAAAAUGAAAUGGACGCUGAAAUUGAUCAGGUUAAGUACUACACCGACAGCAAGGUCGUACUUGGCUACAUAUGCAACAGCAUAAGGAGGUUCUAUGUGUACGUGGCCAACAGGGUAGAACGAAUAAGGAAAGUCAGUAGACCUGAACAAUGGAACUAUGUCCCGACUGGUUUGAGUCCCGCAGACAUUGCAACAAGGUCAGUGUCAGCAGUUGUCCUCACGCAAACCAUUUGGUUUUCAGGACCCAAGUUUUUAUCGGACCAGUCUUCUACAAACUCAAAAGAAGAUAUCGAUUUCCACCUGGUGGAUCCAGAUACUGAUCCAGAAAUCCGCCCUGAAGUGAUAACAUUGAGUUCCAACAUUUGCUCAAGAAGAAACUUGGAAGCAAGACGCUUUAAACGUUUCUCUUCUUGGAAAAGAUUGGUCAAGAUUAUAGCAAGAUUGAGACAUAUUGCUCAGACUUUCCGCAAGCCCAAUCAGACAUCGUCUUGUCAUGGAUGGCACACUUGCAAGGAGUCACCCAAUGCGUUAGAGUACGAGAACGCAGAAUUGUUCGUCAUAUGUCUUGUGCAAGAAGAAGUCUUUGCAGAAGAGAUUAAAUGCUUGAGAGGCAAUAGACCAGUCUCAAAGAGUAGCCCACUAUUCCAACUGAAUCCAAUAAUCGACAAUGAAGGCAUGCUUCGAGUCGGUGGACGACUAAAUAAGUCAAACCUGCUAAAAGACCAGAAAGCUCACCAUAUCCAGUGGCCAGUUGGACUUAUUACAAAGGCCAUCACCAGUGAUGAUGGAAGAGUCCGAAGUGUGGAAGUCAGGAUCGUUAAGGAUGGGGCUUCAAAAACCUUCCUGAGACCAGUCACAGAGACAGUCCUAAUAAUGCCUGCUUCCAAAAAUUCUGAUUCAGUGUUAUGUGAAGGAGUCACUUAAGACCUUUAAUAUAGCUAGCUUAUAGACUUGAGAAGGCUAGAUAGCAUGUUACUGUAUGCAAUGUUAAUAAUAUGUAAAGAAAACAGAGUAUAGUGGUAUCUCACGAUACCAGGCGGGGAGUGUGCUGUCACGCAGCUUUUACUGUCUAGCAGUUAUUACAUGUUAUGUUAUUAUGUUAUUUGGUAUGAUCCUUACCCCCCUGCUGUU